GUAGAGGUGCUUUUAAAUUGGUCCUGAUCAACGCUUCCUCCUGUUACUACAGCACCGACAAAAACAAACGGUGCCACCUGUUUCUGUUGCUGUGAGAUGUCUUUAGUGCGGAUGAACCGUCCUUUAUAUGGUACAGGUAAAAGACCAGUGCGAACCAGGAAGGUGUCUGCACCCAAGAAAGAAUGGGUGAGCACAGUGCAUGAUCUUUCAGUGCAUAAACCCACACCAGAGGAACUGGCUCGACGUCAUAAUAUGCACAGAUCUCAGAAUAGGGUCGUGGCGCAGUGGGAAUUAAAAGAUAAGGCUCGAACACGCAGACGGAGGAAAAACCAGCCCCCCAGUCCUCCAGGACUUGAUAGAGCUCGACUCAACAUCAUCAGAGAGGAUCCCCCACCAUUAAUUACUGUGGCACCUGACUGUGAUUCUGACUCUGAGCUACCUGUUCAUCAAAAAUCUGAUCCUCCAACCCAGCUGUCAUUGCUCAGCCAGUCUAUGAUGGAUCAGCAGGCCCUGAAUGAGUUGAAGGAGUGUGAAGAGGAGAAUGAUGAAGCCCAGGAUGCCUCUGUGCACCUCAGCUCUAUGAUGCACAGAAAAAGAAAUAAAUGUAGGUCAGAGUAUUUUCUAUGGGCCUCAGACCAUCCAGAGCAAGAGCUACCCAAAACAUCAUGUCAUACUGGAGUCAGAGAAGAUCAGGCAGGUAUUAAGAGCAGGUCAGUUCAAGCCAGUAGAGGGCGCCCUGGAGAUACUUCUGGUCUGAACAGCUCAGGGUUAAGCUCUCUGGCAGGAAACCAGUCCAGUCUGGAACUUCUGCAGGGCAUGCUUGAGCAAGUGGAGACUGAGCUAGACUCUCUAGACCACCAGAAUCCUCCACCACAAGCUAGACCACAGCAACAGAGACCAGGUCUCACUGGCUUCUCUGUCACUUUAGUGGCGACACUUGGACGUCUAACCAGCCAUAUAAGAAAAAAACAAGAGGAGGCUUUGAGGGAGGCACAGGAGAGAAGACGAUUAGAGGAGGAAGUGAAGGAGCAGAGAGCUUUGAUUGACGCCCUGACAGUGGAGUCCCUGACACUGAGGGAAGAGAGCACUGCCCUGCAGGUGAGGCUGCAGCAGCAGAUAUCUGACCUAGAGCAACGCCUAGAUGCUGUAGUCCUGGUGGUGGGAAGACCAGAUUCUGCUAAACCACACACUACAGUGCAAAUCACAGACAACACAGCUCAAAAAAGUAUUGAAAAGGAUUUACAGCAACAGGACUUUGUCUCUGCAGCUGUGCUGCUCUCUCCUCCUCGUCAAAGAGAUGGUCUGCUUCCCGCAGCGUGUCAUCCAGAUUCACUCGCACCCCCGCUGCCCUUCAGUGGCUCCUAUGCAGCAACAGGAAGUCAGGGUUCACUGGAGGACUUUGAUAUCUCAAUCUCUCCUUCAUCCUUCGCUAGCCUACCACGAGCCACUCAUUUGCUGGAUGAUCUCUCCCAGGAUGCCAUGCUAGGAGAGAUCACUGAACUGACAUGUCAGAAUGCAGCGAUCCGGGCCCAGUUGGGGCAGCACCGUCCAUCUCCAGCUGGGGCUUCAGUAUCAAGGGAGCAGAGCGCAGACCGACUUUCCACAACCAGUUCUACAGUUAGACAAGUGUCGCCCUCUACAGAGCCACUGCAGCCUAUUUCUGUAGAGAGAUCCUCAACAGUGGAGAUUGAAGAAAAACUGCAGGAAUUGAACCGCCAGAGUUCCGAAGCAAGAGCUAAAUUACUAGAGCUCAUUGAACAACAGAAACAGAGUGCCUCCCUCAGAGUUUCCCCUGCAAUUUCCCCAGUGCCUCCUCACUCCAGAAGCACUCACACAGAAGUUAACUCCAGAGCCAUUUUUGAUACUUCCUGAGAGAAACCAUUCACCACAAUCCAGUGCAAGUAGUCGUAGGUCAACUGGAAGACGUUCACCACAAAGUUUGGAUAGUGUGGAAAUCCAGAGCCUUGAGAAUCAGGUGGACAAGAUGAAAAGAGUGGGCUGGUUUGCAUUGUCAGCUCAUGUCAAAUGAAUUGAGCUCAACAGAGGAAUAUGGUCUAUGCAUUAACAUCAUAUUUUCAUGCACAAUAGCAUUCGAAUACAUUUGACAUCCCUAGGUUGGUCUGAUCAAACAUCCUGACAGCAGCAUAUCUGUAUAAUGCUCAUGUUGAGAAAGGAACAGUCUGUGCAUAGGAGCUCAACACAAGGCAACAGACCAUGAGAAUUAAGCCUGAGUUGUUUGGCUUGGCCAGAUUACAUCAAUAAAACAAUAGAUCAAACCUUAAUCCUCAUAUCGUCAUAUGAAAUAUUUAAAAUAUCAUGCAUGCAUACUGAUUGAUUGUUCAAUUGUAUUUAAUGUAUUAGUUCUAACAAUUAUUUUUUUAAGAAAUGGAUAAUUCCACAAUAAAUCUUGAAUAAUUAAAUUA